UAUGAUAAGGUAAGCGCGUUUGCCCACAUGAAAAAUGUCGCCUUAGUGUCAGCUGACUAAGCGCCGCGCUUGACGUUGAAUAGCCACGCCCCCAAGCCGGAAGUUUCGCUAUGUCUACCGCAGGUUGGUAGGAAGGGGUCCCGGGGAACCUCGGCUCAUCUGGGGAUGGCUGUGGACAUGCAUAAAACAUGCUAUGGGGAAUACUGUGGAAAACCAGUGCUGGAAAUUAAUGGGACAACAGAAAUAUAUGGAGACUGUGGGGUCUGUCCAAGGGGUCAAACCAUUGAUCACAGUAAGAUCUGCAGACAGUGUUUAGAAUUUCCAGAGUUGUAUGACUGGUUAUACCUAGGCUUUAUGGCUAUGCUGCCUUUGAUAUUGCACUGGUUUUUCGUCGAGUGGUAUUCAGGAAAAAAAAGUUCCAGUGCACUUUUUCAACACAUCACAGCUUUAUUUGAAUGCACAGUAGCUGCUCUGGCAACGUUACUUGUGAGUGACCCCAUAGGAUCCCUGCAUCUUAAUUCGUGCCGAGUAAAGAAGCUGUCAGACUGGUAUACGAUGCUUUAUAACCCAAGCCCUGAUUAUGUGAAAACAUUGCACUGUACCCACGAAGCCGUCUAUCCUCUGUACACAAUUGUAUUUAUUUACUAUGCCUUUUCCCUGGUGUUAAUGAUGAUUCUCCGACCUCUCCUGAUAAAGAAGAUUGCUUGCGGAUUGGGAAAGUCAGACCGGUUUAAAAGCAUUUAUGCAGCCCUUUACUUUUUCCCAAUCCUAACAGUUAUCCAGGCAGUAGGAGGCGGUCUGCUUUAUUAUGCUUUUCCUUACAUCAUUCUUGUGUUAUCUUUAAUAACACUGGCUGUCUAUAUGUCUGCUUCAGAAAUAGAGUCCUUUAAGGACCUCCUGGUGAGGAAAAAACGGCUUGUCGUCCUUUUCAGCCACUGGGUUAUUCAUGCAUAUGGAAUCAUCUCCAUUUCAAGAGUGGAUAAAUUUGAGAAAGAUCUGCCUCUUCUUGCUCUAGUCCCAGGGCCUACUCUCUUCUACCUGCUGACUGCGAAAUUCACUGACCCAUCGCGGAUACGAUUGGAAGAAGGCAGCGGGCAUUAACUGGAACUUUGGUAUAGGGUAUUAAUUUAACCCAGGAAGAUUCCUAAACUGACAACUAUUUCACCAUUAUCAGGGAAAGAAGAGUAUAAUACUAUGGUUCUUUUUGGUUCUGCCUUUCCAAACCAGCCGUCAGUGAUGUGAUAAAUGUGGUUAUGGCUAUAUUUUGCACAUGUGCUUUUACCAUUGUGUUCUUGUGGAAGAAAUAAUAACAAGAGACUCAUCAUUAUCUUUGCUCUUCUGCAUUAUUAUGUGGAGGGUUACACUCUGGAACAUUUUGCCUUCUGGCUCUAAAAAUGCCAAGCUAGUGUUUGUUGGAAACAUUAGCCUUAAUAAUUCUAGCACAUAGCUUUACUUACUGCAUCCUUUUGUCUUUGUGAGCAAUGGUGUGUGCAAUGGACUUUAUCUGUACAUAAUGGAUGGUGAAAUAAGCAACACAUCCAAAAGCUAUAGCAUUAAUAUAUUUAUUUUUUAAAACAUUGUUUCUUGAAUACAAAGAAACGAGGGAACUGUUUUUUUUUUUUAAUGUUCAUAACUAUAAUAUGUUUUGUUUGCGUCAUCAACAAAUAAAAUCAGUGAAAAGAUCUGGUGCUCUUUUCCAAGUCAGUGAGCAAUGACAGAUGUAGGCUGACCUAAAAUAUAAAAGAAGAUUGCUUAAUUUCUGGUUAUUGAAAAUGUAGUUAAUUGAGUGCUGUGUCUAAAAACUAAAAAAUAUGGGUGAAAGUAAAGGCAUUAAGAUGAACAGGCAAAAAUUGUGAUCAAACAAGUUAGAGCUUUUUUUAAUAAACAAAAUGAAUUG